AUACGCCCUUAAGCUUUCUCACCACCACCGCCUCCUCCUCUCUUCUCUUCUCCCUCUCUCUCCACAACUCUCCUCCUCCUCCUCCUCCGCUGCUACUACUACACGCUUCAUCAGCAAACGCACGGAGCAAGAAUUAACAAGAAAAAAAAGAAAAGAAUCAUAUAUACUUCUCUCUUCUCCAGCCAAUUACCAACCCCUGCCCGACGGCCCAGCCGCCGAUGGGUUCUACCGAUCGGGAGGUGGUGGGGAUCGACGUGGCGGAGGAUGCAGCGAGGAGGAGCUGCGUCGAAUGCCGCGCCACCACCACGCCCAUGUGGCGCAGCGGCCCCACCGGCCCCAGGUCUCUGUGCAACGCUUGUGGAAUCCGGUAUCGGAAGAAGAGGAGGCAGGAUCUUGGCCUGGACCUGAAUCAGCAGCCACAGAGGCAGCAUGGUGAGGUGGUGAUACCUGAAGCAAAAGACAGUAACAGCAACAGCAACAGCAAUAGCAGCAGCGGCAGCAGCAGCAGCAACCUGCAGGCUGUUCAGAAAAGGAGGCUUUUGAUGGGGGUGGAGGAGGCUGCAUUAUUGCUAAUGACAUUGUCAUCCCCAUCUUCAUCCACAUUGCUACAUGGCUGACAACCCUGCUCACCACCCCCAAACUACACAAUGUACAUAGUACAUGCUACAUACAAACAACACACGCGCGCGAUCGAUCACCACCGCCACCACCAGUGGUUCUGAAUCAUACAGGUUUCUUGGUUUAUCAGGAUGAGAUAGGGGAGGGGGCCCUAUCUGAAGAUGAUGAUGAUGAUGAUGAUGUGAUAAUGUGAGGGAUGGAUUUGUGGCAAUCUGAUGACUCUUGCCUGCUCCUUCUCUGUGACCGUCGUUUCGUAGAUUUUUGAUCGUGUCGACCUUAUCUGUUUGUGAUUGUGGUAGGCUCCAUAUGGUUCAGAGGUCCGUUGAUCUCACUCACACCCUUUUCUUCUUUUUUUUUUGUCAUUCUGUUUUUGUUUUUCUUUUGUUCUUUGAAAAUGUACAUCGAUGUUGCCCCCCUGUGAGGGAUGAUGGUCGGAAGGAGACAUCGUUCCUCUUCAUUCUGAAAUAAAGGUGAAAAUAAUAAAGAAUU